AGGUUUUAUUGCCUGACCCCAAAAUUUUCCAUUGGUGGCAAAAUUUUUCCUACCCCCAUCCACUUCUACUAUUUCCACUACUUUCAUCACCUUCUACCACCCCCCACCACUUUCAGGACCCGCAGAUUAUUCAUAGACCGACAUUUGCUGAAUGUUCACCAGUUGUACAAGAAGCGAUCAAGUGGAAACAAGUACUCCAGUCUCUGAAAUAAAGUGCGAAUCGUGAAAAUUUGCAGAACGAUCUGGAUUACUUUGAUAAACCGACACAUUAUCGACGUUUUACCGAAUUUCAAAGUGAAAUUUAAAUAUUUAUAUUACAAUGGCCACUUGUCCUGCUACUUGGAUAAGACAGAACAUGUUCUCAAUGUGUGAAGAGAAUCGUCAGGAGAACAGUCAGAAUCGAAUACUGACAGAAGCUGAAGUCAGAGUGAAGAAAUCAUUGGAGAAACUGUCUAUUCCAGAGUGGUACAUCAACAAUUGCUCGAAACCACCGAAGAUUUUGGUAAAUGGUAUUGCAAUCGAGAAUCGCCCUGCACCCUGGAAGGGCUCCAGAAAGAACUCGUCAAUGUCGACACUCUCCAUGAAAAAUUCCAAAGAAACCACGAAAUCGGCCUUCUCCGAUGCCCAGAAUUUUCACAGCACACACAAGCUAUCGAGGAAGCACCACAGGAGCCAGGGCUCUAGUUCUAAAUUCACAGAGAGUUCAAUGCCACAGAAUGGGACUCUGGAACGCAAAUCGUCCAAGCAGAAAAAUUCACUGAAUACAAGUGGUACUUUCCCGAGGAUGUCAGUCUCCAGGAAAAUCCAGAACAUCAAUAUCGUGUUUCCACCUGCUCCGAAGCUCGACCUGAGUGUUGAAAGCCUGGAGGAGUCGAAAUUCUCAACCCUGGAGGAUUCAAAUUUUUCAACUGCUGAGGAAUCAAAAUUCUCAACCCUGGAGGAGUCAAAAUUCUCAUCCCCAGAAGAGUCAAUGCUCUCAGCCCUGGAGAACCCUUCGGAGUCUAAAUCGAUAAUGGUAACAGAUCUGGACGACCCGGACCCCGAGUGCCUGCGAAUUCGCCGUCAGACGUACACAAAACCGAACGAUCCAAAGAGCCCGGAGAGGCCAGAGUGCUCGAUCUCUCUCUGCAGAACUCCAGACCUGAGAUCCUCAUUCCUGAAGACCUUCAAAGUCCGGACAUCAUCGACUCCCGAGGGCUCCCCAGUCUCCGUUUUCUCGACAUCAUCAAUGGCCUCUCCCCUGUGCAACCCAAUUCGUCGUGAAUCGAUUUUCACAUUCCCAGGAAUCGGCUCAUCCUCGCCGCUAGCUAAACCCUUGGGACGAGGGUCUCCAGAGCCCCUGAGAAAGCCGCUCUUCUUCCUGCCGCCUCCAGAAAUCCCAUCAUCACUGGAGACCACGAUCGUGAAACCGCCCAGGAAGAAUAAUCCAAAGACCCAGAGGGAAAAGUCACCAGCUCCUGAAUCCGAGAGAGCUUUGACUCCUCACAGAAUCUCCCCUAGACCCACGUCAUCAUCAUCAAACUACUGCGCAAAACUCCAACUCUGUGACAAAUGCAAGGCAGACAACGUUCGCAUCAGCCUGAUCAUGGUGUCCCCAGUGCGAUCCCCGAGGACAUCACCAACCUUCUCCAGUCCUCUGAUGCCAAUAACUGAGGAUCAGAGGAUGGCUCCAGGAACUCUAUCUCGUCACAGCUCCAACGCCUCCUCUCACCUGGCAUUCAUCAUGUCAAAGAACAAAUCAACAGCAAUGGAGAAGAUCAUAAAGAAGAAACGAGUGGGGGACAGUCAGUCUCUCAUCCAGGACAUCAUCGAGGAGCUCCAGGAGAAGUGCCGAUCUUCCCCACAGAGGACUUACACUUCUCCUGGCUCCAGAAAUUUCGUUAGGAAGCUAGUGAGAGUCCUGGAGAAGAGUGACAUCUACGAGGACAACUCAGAUGGCAACCGAGAGGCUGAGGCGUACAGCAGUGAGGACAACAGCGAUGCUGACAUCAAGUCAGUGGCUUCCUCGACAUCCCUGAGCUUCAAGGACUCUGACAGUGGCAGUGAGUCGGGGCCCAGAUCACCCACUCUGUCAUCAGAACCAGACUACGAUUGGAUGGCCAAAGCCAAGGAUGAGGAGAAGAAACUCAAGGAGGAGGAGGAGGAGGAGGAGGAAUCUGUAUUCUGGGUUCCUGUCAAGAAGUCUCUACCCAGGAGCAGCUCUUUGAUCAGUAUGAUGACGAAUUCGGGACGGUCUCCCUCGAUCAGUCCUAUUAGGGUUCAACGGAGAGUCAGGAAUUUCCAAUGGAAUGCUGGUGAUACCUGGGGGAGCAGCUAUCAGAGGACCAAGAGGCAGCUCCAUCCGAGGCUCUUCAGGAUCGAUGAAUCUGGAGUGGUGGACUCUGGGUACUCUGACAGAUCUGAGAGGUCGUCAGCUACUGAUGCUGGAGUCUCUUGGUCUGACUUCGAGUCUGUGCAGAGCCCCAGUGAUAUCGAGUCCUUCUCUGGGACAAUCUGUAGGACCAGGUCGUAAGGAUGGGGUAAGAAACCUGGUAGAGGGGAGGAUUCGAGUCAUAAUGGAGGGAAAGAAUGGUUAUUGCUGCUUAAACUAUAUAUAUUUGAAGUUUCUUGAUUAUAUUCUUAUUGAUUUAUUGAUGUGAGAGUUCGAAAAAUUUGCGGUGAGGCGAGAUCAAAAAAUUGUACAGAUAUUCUAAUAAAGAACAUUCUUUUAUA